AGUCAAUUCAUCUCGUCCACACGACUCCGUCUUUCUCCGUCACUUCCAAGUCUCGUGCACCCACCUGACUGUCUGGCUUCUAUGCUCCUUGCCCCAAGACUUUUAUCGUUCACUAGGCAUGGAGAUGAUCAUUACCCGCUGAAUAUUUUUUCCUUCGAAAGGCUCUGCUGCUUCGACUCCGAUAGGAGCGUUGACUCGAUCUUGCAGACCCCGCCCGCCGCCUGUACCCCGACAGGGUAACCUCGCAACAUAUAGCCAUCGCUGAUCAACCUCGGCUCACAACAGUAGUAAGCAUCGACAUUUUUACCAGAUUGAAUCGACUUUCUUGUUGCCCGUGCUCCGAACAACUCCGCUCUUCCGCAUUCCAUCACGAUUUGACAAAGAAUCAUACUGGGUUCCGGAGCGAGCACCGAUAUGCUCGGAUCCGGGAACCCUCGGUGACAUAUAAACGAAACAAAAGCUCGUUGCGCGCCGGCUGCAAAGAUGUAUUCCGAAGGGCAUAGCUCUUCCGACGCAGCCAGCGGCUCCGAGGAGCAGCAGAGUUCUUCAUCGCCGUCCACGCCUCCUAUACCGCCCGCCAUGGCAACGAACCCGAGCUUUCUUGAUCGCCUCGAGAUGAUCUCGACGCACAUACCCGAUGUUUGGAUCACACCAUUUUGCGGAGCUAGUGCCGGUGUAGCAUCUGGGAUUGUGACCUGUCCUCUUGAUGUGAUCAAGACAAAGUUGCAGGCUCAAGGUGGAUUUGCACGACGCCGCGGGAAGGCUGUUGAAACAAGGACGUUGUACCGGGGAAUGAUUGGUACAGGGAGAGUGAUCUGGCGGGAAGAUGGAAUCCGAGGACUAUAUCAAGGACUGGGUCCAAUGCUAUUGGGAUACCUUCCGACGUGGGCUGUCUAUUUGGCUGUAUAUGAUCGGUCCAGGGAAUAUUUUUAUGAAACAACAGAUAGCUGGUGGCUUUCAAGAGGCUACGCCUCAAUAACAGCAGGCGCCUGCUCCACACUUGCGACGAACCCGAUAUGGGUCAUUAAGACGCGGCUUAUGUCCCAAAGCCUUAAGUCUAAUAGCGAAGGGUUUCGGGCUCCGUGGCAGUACAACAGCACUUGGGAUGCCGCCCGCAAGAUGUACAGGAGUGAAGGGAUUCGCUCGUUUUAUUCGGGACUUACGCCAGCGUUACUAGGCUUGACGCAUGUUGCCAUUCAGUUUCCACUCUACGAAUAUUUAAAGAUGGCUUUCACUGGCUACGGUAUUGGGGAGCAUCCCGACAACGGCAGCUCUCACUGGGUUGGGAUUACUGCAGCCACUUUUCUCAGCAAGGUCUGCGCCAGCACCGUGACCUAUCCGCACGAAGUGCUUCGGACAAGACUCCAGACUCAGCAGCGGACGUCUCCAGCGUCAUCGCCAGAGGAGAUCUCGUUUCGAGGUGGACUUGAUCAUCCACAAGACCGCGGCCGUCCUCCAGGUGCGGCUUCAUCGGAUGGAAUGCCCAACCGGCCGCGAUACACAGGGAUCAUUCGCACGUGUCAGACAAUCCUCAGAGAAGAGGGCUGGCGUGCAUUCUAUUCUGGGAUUGGCACAAAUCUUUUCCGCGCUGUCCCGGCAGCGAUGACAACUAUGCUUACCUAUGAAUACCUCCGGAAGGCCAUUUCACAUAUACAACAUGAAGGAAAGUUGAAGCUGGAAGUUCAGGAGGGCAAAGUCGGCGACUCUUCCGAUGCAUUAUAAACCAUUAGAUAUCUGAUUUAUUGUUACGAGCAGAAUCAGUGGCAGGAUAAUUGUGCUUAUUGCUUGCCGCUUGUCAACUCAUUGAUGGUGCUAGAGACCCAGGUCUCUCAUGUUAGCUUGCGUACAUUGUACCUCUUAUUCUGUGGACGGCAAUCAUAAAUCAGUGAUGGUGCCGGGGUAGAACAAAGGGGGACUGACAUGGGAAGCCUCGAAUUCUUCCUUAUCUUGUGGUUUAUUCUUCUGUGGUUUUGAGCGUCUUUUCUUUCAUGAACAGAUAGGUCAUUGAUGCAAUUGUAUAUAGUCUAUCAUCUCUCUUUUCCCUGCCUUCUCUCGCGCAUUCGUCACUGUCUUCUUACCAUCUUGUACCCGUCCGUAUCCUUUUUCUAUACCAAGGACCAACGAGGG